AAACAACCAUAUUUCCCAUCUCUCAUUUCCCUCUCAAUUCUCUUUAUUUUUCCAGCUAGCAAAAACAAAAACCCAUACACUUCUCUGUCAGCUUGGCGCCAACAUUGUUGUAAACAUCAUCGUUUCCAUUUCCAUCUUCUUAAAAGAAUCAAACAGUGAGGUACUGAGAAUCUGAGAAUCUGAGAUGAUGACAAGUAUGAGAUCAGCCGUCACAAGCUUCGUAUCCAAGCAAAAACAGCCUUUGCUGCAAUACCUUCACAGCAGCGUCGCCGGGAUCGACCUCAGACUCCUCCGGCAGCAGCCGCAGAAGGAGAAGCUCGUGGUGGUCCUCGGCACCACCGGCGCCGGAAAAUCAAGACUCUCGAUUGACCUCGCCACCCGCCUUUCCGGGGAAAUCGUGAACUCCGACAAGGUCCAGGUCUACCAGGGGCUCGACGUUCUGACCAACAAGGUCACCGAUGAGGAGCGGUGCGACGUCCCGCACCAUCUUCUCGGGGUCGUCGACCCUGAGAAGAAUUUCACUGCGAAGAACUACUGCACUGCCGCGAGUCGGGCGAUCAGGUCCAUCACCGCCCGCGGCCACCUCCCCAUCAUCGCCGGCGGGUCGAACUCCUUCAUCGAGGCCCUCAUGGACGACGAGGACUGCCGGCUGAAGUCAAUGUACGACGUCUGUUUCUUGUGGGUAGACGUGUCCAUGCCGGUGUUACACUCAUUUGUGUCGGAGCGCGUGGACAAGAUGGUGGAAAGAGGGAUCGUGGAGGAGGCCCGGUCGAUGUUCAACCCGGAAAAUGCGGACUAUUCUCGCGGUCUGAGGAACGCCAUCGGCGUCGGAGAGUUCCACCGGUAUUUCCAGCUGGAGUCCACAACGGACGCCGGCACACGCGCCGGGCUACUUAAAGAAGCGGUUGACGCGGUGAAGAUCAACACGUGCCAUUUGGCGAGUACGCAAUUGGAGAAGAUCAAACGGCUGCGGAAUGUCCGGGGGUGGAAGUUGCACCGGGUGGACGCGACGGAGGUGUUCCGGAGCCGGGCGGCUGGCGGCGGCAAUGACAAAGAAAUGUGGGAGAAUCAGGUGAUGGGGCCCAGCUCGACCAUCGUGACAAGAUUCCUUAACAACAAGUCCGGGCCACUGAUUUAUACGGAUACAUCCGCUGCAGCUAUUAGAUCACCAGGAACACCUGCCAUGAUGGGCCGCCGGCCCAUGGUGGCCGCAUCUCACUGAUCAAUCGAUUCUAACUAAUUGCGACUCCAUACAUGAUACCAUUUUUGGUUCCGUGCGUUGAAUUCAGUGACUGAUCCGAUCCGCUCAGGCCGGGAUAUAUAUACUAUAGAUAUACACUAAUCCAAAUCAUACUAUAUAUAUUUAUCCAAGAGCCUAUUAGAUUGUAAUUCAUCUCCAUACUGUUUAAUAUAUACUUCUUUAUACAUUUAAUUUGACAAACAUCAAUUUUGGGGAAGUUAAGCAUGCAAUGUGUUGGG